AAACAAACAAAAUAAAGCAUCAUGAUGAACCAAACAUCUGUGACUGAAUUCCUUCUGCUUGGUCUUUCCAGAAACUUGAGGAUCCGUCUUUUUUUGCUUGGACUUUUUUCAAUUGUCUAUGUUCUGACUCUGGUGUACAACACAAUCAUCCUGAUGCUCAUUUGGCUGGAUAUGCGACUCCACACUCCCAUGUAUUUCUUCCUGGGCCAACUUGCCUGUGUAGACAUCUGCUAUACUUCCAGCACAGUCCCCCAGAUGUUGGCUAACCUUCAAAGCCCAAGACAAACCAUCUCAUUGGCUGCCUGUGCCAUACAGAUGCAUAUUUUCCUGGCAUUGGCUAUUACUGAGUGCAUUUUGCUUGCAGUAAUGGCAUAUGAUAGGUAUGUAGCAAUAUGCCACCCACUGCAUUAUGUCUUCCUCAUGAAAAAGACAGUGUGCAUGAAAUUAGCCUUGAUCUGCUGGACUACUGGUUUUUUAUUGCCAGUGGUCCAUACUGUUCUUACCUGGCAAUUGCCGUUCUGUGGUUCUAAUUUGAUUGAUCAUUUCUUUUGUGAAAUGCCGGCUUUGCUGAAGCUAGCAUGUGCCGAUACCCAAAUGGUUCAAACGGUUACUUCAAUGGGGUGCAUUUUCACCUUACUUAUUCCCAUCUCCUUUAUCUUGAUGACUUAUAUCCGCAUCUUAGUGGCCAUUUUAAAAAUCCAAUCUGUGCAAGGGCAACGCAAAGCUUUCUUUACAUGUGGUUCCCAUAUGACCGUUGUGGUUCUUUUCUAUGGGAGCGCCAUAUUUAUGUACAUGCGACCAGAGUCCAGCCAUUCUUCAGGCCAGGACAAAAUAGUCUCUCUUUUCUACAGCAUUGUCGCACCCAUAUUCAAUCCCAUGAUAUACUGUCUAAACAGCAAGACAAUGAAAGAUGCCUUUCUAAAAAUGCUGCAAUGA